AUGCAGCGAGCACCGAUCAGAACGAUCACCGACAACUUAGCACCACGAUCCAUGGCAACUAUAGACCCGAUAACUGGCGAGAAGAAAUGGAUUGGCUUCGUGGCCAAUUUGCUGAACAACUUCAUUGAAAAGGUAAACGCAACCUUGGCCAUGCAAUCCCAAUUGGCCGAGGUGGAGGGUAAAAUUUUCUUUGUGAAUAUCUCGAAGUGGACUGCAAACGAUCUGCUGGAUAUCGGGAUGAGCGUGGACACAACGUGGGAAAUGAGAAACUUCGAUACGUUCACGUAUCCCUAUUUGAUGUGCUCUUAUUGCUUCAUGGUGCCACUUCCGGAUAAGAUUCCCUACAACGAGGUGUACGGGGUGAUCAUAGAUCCCGGUGUCCUGGCCCUGCUCUUUCUUAUAUUCUGCACCUUCUCGACUCUGCUGAUCUACAUCCAGAAGAGGUCCUUAAGUCUGACCAGUGUUCUGAUGAACGAUAUGUGCUUGAGGGGCUUCCUGUGUCAGACAUUUCCGUUUCCACGUCAAUGCAGCAGAAAACUGAAGUUAAUGUGCUUGCUUCUAUGCUUUGCUAGUCUAAUGACCACCACAAUGUAUGGAGCAUAUUUAAAAGCCUUCUUGUACAGUCCACCACCACAGCCGAUGAUGCGUACAUUUAGCGAUUUGGAACGAUCCAGGUACAAGAUUGCCAUGAACUGGGCCGAGAUGGAUAUGCUGAGAUUCGAGAACAAUCGAAUCCUUCCGCACGUGAGCAACGAGCGGGUCGAAAUCAUCAAGGACUACCAUGAAUUUGUUAAGUUGCGGGAGUCCUUCAAUAGCAACUAUGUCUUUCCGGUAACCAGUGUGCGCUGGGGCACUUACGAUGAGCAACAAAAGCUCUUAUUUAAUCCCGUAUUCUAUUACUCCGAGAAUAUCUACCUUAGUCGCGACAACAUUCUUAGCUUUCCGAUCAGACGUCACCUGCCGUAUCGCAAUCUCUUCGAGGAACACAUCCUGCGGCAGAAGGAGUUUGGGUUGCUGAAUCACUGGAUCGAUCACAGCUUCUUGGAUAUGUUGAGGUUAGAACUGACACCACAUACGGACAUGAACGAACCUUCAGUGGAACUGGCUAUCGACGUGGAUGAUCUCUACUGGAUUCUGGGCUUCCCACAGUUAAAGGAUAAAGUCUUUGAUCUACUCGUGAGAUUACAAUUGGAGGAGUUCUAUGAUACACUGCUUCUCUAUGGAGUGGAUUGUGUUUUUCAUUCAUCAUUUCGGCGCUUGAAUGUAUCCACAGUGCUCGUGUCCUCGGGCAGCUCCAACUUUGAUUGGAACUUCAGCAGCCUAACCAUGAUACUAAGCUGUAGUCCUGAAGAUGAAAAAGAAACGAACUACAACACGCUCGCAAAAUUGCAAAGAAACAGGAGGUUAGUUUAUCUACGAGGCGAUAUUCAACCGCAUUCGGUGUGCGAAAGAUAUUUACAGAAGGAACAAUACAACAUAGCUACGAUAACAGAAGACUUUGAUAAGUCAAAAACUGUCUAUGCGUGUCGCCACUUUAAAGAUCCCAACAUCGAGGAAAUCAGUUUACUGGAUAGUAAGCCAGUUUUUAUAGAACAGUUCCGGAAUAUGUACGGAAAAUCCAUUCGAGCAGUGGCAGAUCUCUUAUCUCCGCGUUCGAUGCUUUAUAUGGAUCCAAAGACCGGUGAUAUGAAAACAACUGGCUAUGUGGCCAAUUUGGUUAACACUUUCGCUGAGAGAGUAAAUGCGACCUUGGAACUAGAAGUCUUAACCAACAAAUUGAUAGUAAAGGAAAUUUUAGUUUUGGUGGAAAACGAACAGCUGGACAUCGGGAUCACCCUAGAAUCCUCAUUUCGAAUGACAUUCAUAGAAACUUCCAGUUAUCCGUACAUUCUGACAUCGUACUGCCUUAUGGUUCAGGUUCCAGCAAAGUUGCCGUACAAUUUGGUAUAUGCUAUGAUAAUAGAUCCGAUCGUCCUGGGAAUAAUCUUUAUGUUGUUCCUCCUGCUAUCUGUCCUGCUAAUAUAUAGCCAGAAAAUGUCAUGGCAGGACCUGAGCUUGGCCAACAUAUUACUUAAUGAUAAGAGCCUGCGAGGUCCUGGCCAAUCCUUUCCCUUUCCUCUGAAUGCUAGCAAAAAACUGAGGCUGAUAUUUACCAUUCUAUGCUUUGCAAGCAUUAUGCUAACUACGAUGUACGAAGCCUACUUGCAAUCCUUUUUUAUGAACCCGCCAUCAGAACCAGAAAUCUGCUCAUUCCAAGAUGUUGGUAGCUAUAACCGAAGAAUUGCAAUGCCUGCACUGGAGAUUAAUGGUUUAAUCAAGACCAAUAAUUCACAUUUCCGAGAAAUUCACGUGGAUGAUUUAGAAAUUUUCGAUAAUUUGCCGGAGUGCUAUGAGCAGCGCGAUGCCUUCAACCUGAGCUACAACUAUGUGGUAACUGGAGACCGCUGGAGAACCUACGCGGAGCAGCAGACGCUCUUCAAGGAGCCAGUCUUCUACUUUGCCAGGGACUUGUGCUUCUCCAGACUGAUCUUCUUGUCGGUUCCCCUGCGCAGACACCUGCCAUAUCGUCAUCUCUUUCAUGAGCACAUGAUGCAGCAGCACGAAUUCGGUUUUGUGAACUAUUGGAUGAGCCACAGCUUCUUCGAUAUGGUGAGACUUGGUCUAACGUCUCUCAAGGAUCUAAGUAGGCCAUUAGCAUACACUCCAAGCCUAUUAAUGGAUGACAUCUCGUGGAUAAUGAAAAUCUAUUUGGCUGCCAUUGUACUUUGCGUUUUCUGCUUCUUGUUGGAAAUAGGAGUGGACAAGUGGAAACGCUGGAAGAAAUUCCGAAAUUUACAAAUUCUAAACACCUGUUAA